UAGGUGAACGAGCCGUUGUAGUUUUGCUGCCAGCGAAAGCUCAUUGCAGCUCAUUGGUAAACAUAGUUUCGGUGGAGGCUGUGAUUUGCUACAAUGUCCUACUAGCAAUCGAAGAACAUAAUUAUUUCUUAAUAGGAUAUCGAAUGUGAUAUCUUUAACUUGAUUUAAUCAAGAUUUGAUAUUUGAAUAUCGCAACGCAAUAAGCCGAUUUAAAUUACGUUAAACUGGCUUAAGUGUUUUUAUUUACCUCAGGUACUUUGAAGAUUGUUGUCUCUUUUAGGCAGAAUACUCUCCCACAUCACCGAUGAACUUCCAGCAGUCUCCGUUCCCGAAGCUGGACCCGGUGGUGUCCUGCUCCUCCUGGAGCCGACUGGACCGGCGGACGGAUGCCGAGCAGGAGCUGCGUCUGCAGGAGCAGGAGCAGCUGGAGCUGCUGACCCGACUGCGCCAGCAGGGUAGCGACGCGCUGCCGCUCGGACGCUCCACCGUCGACGGAGCCGACGAGGAGGAUGAGGCGGAGGAGGACGAGUAUGAUGACGAUGAUAACGACGACGAGGAAGAGGAUGAUUCCGAGAUGGCGGAGGAUCUGGACCCUCCGAUCGACCAGCGCUUCUGAGGCGCCCCCAAAUGAGGCGGAACGGACCUCUGUACUGGCGCUCACCGGCUGAACGGAAGUUUCGUUCAGCAUCUCCGUCUACGGAACUCUACCAAGUAGGUUAUACUGAGCUCUGAGCUGUCUGUGUUUCAUGCUGAUUUUGAGUUGUGCGUAUACUGAUCAUUGGUCGAUGCUCGUCUGACGUGAUACUGUGUUGUGCGGUGACCGGUGGACCGGUGGUGUGUCCCUCAGAUUAUUGUUCUGUGCGCUGUGAUGCAGUGGUGUUCGCUAGUGUAUGUAACUACGAGUGUAUUCCUCAUAAUGUCUUGCUUUUAGUGCAGUAUCCCAUCAACCACCAGUUGCUGAAUAUUACUUAUCACCAGUGACAGGCCUUCAUUAUUUUGAAAGGGGCAAAUAAAUAGGUCAAUACAA